AUGGAGGACACGUGGGGAAAUGCCAAGGGUAAAAAGAAGGCAGAUGGUAACUGCCAAUGGGAGGAGCAGCCAAGCACUUAUAAACGGAAGAAGACAAAUGCUGAUUAUGAUUCCUCCUAUAACAAUGUGAUGCCACCACCAGGCAAUGCUUGGAAUGCUGGAGAUGGAAUUGAAAGACCAAAUGCCAAGUCUAAUGCAGGAUCCAGUUGGGGUGAGAAAGAUAAGAUGGAGUCUAAUGAGCAUCUGAAAGUCCCAAAAGAAUCAGACACAUGGAAUACAGGGAAAUCAAAUGAAAGUCCAUGGGAUAAUACUGAUGCACUACAGGAUUCCUAG